AUGGCACGUACCAAACAAACCGCUCGCAAAUCCACCGGCGGCAAGGCCCCAAGAAAGCAACUGGCAACAAAGGCCGCUCGCAAAUCCGCUCCGGCGACGGGAGGAGUGAAGAAGCCUCACCGAUUUCGUCCAGGAACAGUCGCUCUAAGAGAGAUCAGGAAGUAUCAGAAGAGCACAGAGCUUCUCAUAAGGAAGCUUCCAUUCCAAAGAUUGGUUAGAGAAAUCGCUCAAGAUUUCAAAACGGAUCUACGAUUCCAAAGCAGCGCUGUUUCGGCACUUCAAGAAGCCGCCGAAGCUUAUCUUGUUGGUUUGUUUGAAGAUACUAACCUUUGUGCAAUUCAUGCUAAGAGAGUUACGAUUAUGCCUAAGGAUAUUCAGCUUGCUCGUAGGAUCAGAGGCGAGAGAGCUUAG